AUGAAUCCUUACGCUGUAAAUAGAAUAGAAAGCACUUCACAUGAAGGAAGCAAUGAGAUUGCGUCCACCAGUACCGCCGAAACAAACGUUAAUCCUGAAGUGAAUUCUGAAUCGAAUGAUUCUGUCUCUUACACAUUAGACAAUUCGGAAGUAGGAAACUUAAUUGGGAACAUGCCAGAAUCUAUCACUUCAGAUGUUGAAUCGUCAAUUAAAAACAAUGCUUCAGGAAAUACUUCAAUCAAUCGUACACCAACUAUAAAACUGGAUAAAAAUAACAUAACUCAAAUUGGCAAUAUUGAAAGAAAAAAUGAUGAGUCUGGCAAAAGUGUUUUUAAGAGAAUGGGAAAGAUCUUCAAGAAAAGAAUCAAAAAGGUUUUUAAAUGA